GAAAUAAAGCUUCCUCAAUGUUGCAUAUGUCUUUGAAGUACAUCCGUGCAUUUUCUUUUUUAGCAUUUAACCAUUCCUACCUUGUGGUCCUUGGUCCCUCAAUCACCCUUUCCCACAGCCCACCCGCCUAACGUCACAGUCUCUGAAAAUGCACAGGGAUGCCUGGCUACCUCGCCCUGCCUUCAGUCUCACGGGGCUCAGUCUGUUUUUCUCUUUGGUGCCCCCGGGGCGGAGCAUGGAAGUCACAGCGCCCACCACUCUUAGUGUCCUCAAUGGGUCCGAUACCCGCCUGCCCUGUACCUUCAACUCCUGCUACACCGUGAACCACAAGCAGUUCUCUCUUAACUGGACUUACCAGGAGUGUAACAAUUGCACAGAGGAGAUGUUCCUCCAGUUCCGAAUGAAGAUCAUUAACCUGAAGCUGGAGCGGUUUGGAGACCGCGUGGAGUUCUCAGGGAACCCCAGUAAGUACGACGUGUCAGUGACUCUAAAGAACGUGCAGCUAGAAGACGAAGGCAUUUACAACUGCUACAUUACCAACCCUCCAGACCGCCACCGCGGCCACGGCAAGAUUUACCUGCAGGUCCUUCUAGAAGUACCCCCAGAGCGGGACUCCACGGUGGCGGUCAUCGUGGGUGCCUCAGUGGGGGGUUUCCUGGCUGUGGUCAUCUUGGUGCUGAUGGUGGUCAAAUGUGUGAGGAGGAAAAAAGAGCAGAAGCUGAGCACGGAUGACCUGAAGACUGAAGAGGAAGGCAAGAUGGAUGGUGAGGGCAACGCGGAAGAUGGCACCAAGUAACCGGAAGCCUGCCCUGAAGCCCCUCCCCGUGCCCUAUCUCCUCUCACUCUCUGCCCUGUACAGUGUGACCCCGCCUGCUCUCUCUUGGUGUGCUUCUCUUGAAUAGGACCCCAGAAUCGACCUGGGGCCUCACUUCCCAUGCCCCCACCCCUAUACCAAGGGUGAUCGCCCUCCCUUUCAUCUGAAAACUGCCUUGGUAUCUGAGAUUCGGGAGUCCCAGGGAGAACAGAGAAGGGCUGUAGCCUGUCAGUCUUUGAGGAAGAAAGACUUGUGUGGUCCCAAAGACAGGAUGGGGGAGGGAGGGCAGUGGGAGAAGAGGUCUGCUGACCAUCUUGUCUAAGGCUUGGUCUGGUGGCGAUUUAAACUGUGGGAGUAGCAGUGUGUGUGGUGGCGGGGUUCUGUGCUGACCAGAGGCACCAUGGGAAUGACUUGUGAAGAUGGCUAGGGAACAGCCAUCAGCUGGAGAUGAAGGUGGGGUCCUACCAUUUGUGAAAGCACUAUUUAAAGGGAUGACUGUGCAUUUCCAGGGUACUCAAGGAAAAAGGAAAGAUAGGGCUGAGUCGUUUCUGGAUGCGAGCCUUGGCCCAGAGAACUCUGUUCUGGCCUCGUUUCUAUCACUAGCCACUCCCAGAGAGGCUCUGGUUACUGUAGGCUGCUGCUCCAUGGGGGAUGCUGGCGAGAGGUAGGAUCCUAUCCUACCCUAGGGCUGCCCCUUAAGAGACCUGUGAGGAACUGCCGGGUGCAGGCUUCACUGCAUACACAUGGCUGCCUUCUCAAACAAGAUGCUCACCUUGGCCUCUGCAGCAGCCAUCAACCCUCAGAACUGGGGUGUGUUUGGGGGAGCGGAACUGUGUAUAGGGGCAACUUCCUGUGUGGCUUUAGUUUGGGGAUUUUCGAGCAGGGUUUCUCUGCCUGGCUUUUGGCAAGAUGGAAGAGAAAGCUGGAACGCUUUAAAUAUGAGAGCAUAUGCUGAAGGAGCCUCUGAACCCUGCCCCGCCCCCACCCCACCCCCACCUCCACCCCCACCCCGGAACUCCCUUUGUACGGGAGAAAGUCACUCCUGUGGUAAGCCUACAUUCACUGCCGUUUUACUAUCAUUAUAAGGGACUUAAGUCCAGAGACAUUUUACUAUCAUUAUAAGAAACUUGUUAUAAGUCCAGAGAUGGGAGAAAGGCAGGGUAGAAAUGGCUAAUCGGAGAGUAUCCUGUUGGGACGUGCUCAGAGAACUGGCACAAAGCCUCCUGCAGAUGGGGAGACUGAAGUUCCAAGUGACCAACAGAGGCUGAAAGCAUUGCCCAUGUUCUGGCUCCUUGGUCCUCAGUUAGAACAAAUAGAGCUUCCUGGUGGGAGAACCUCAAGCCUUGGAUGUGUUUUGUGCACAGUAGUGGUGGGGUUCAUCUAGCCCCGCUCCCCUUCCAGGAACUCAACCCCCACAAGCUCAGGGAGUUAGCUGUUCAGGGUAGGGAAAGAGUGUGGUAGGAGACAGGACUAAGACAGUCUCAGGGACCAAUACUUGCCUCUGUUUAUCAGAUAGCCACUCGAAGAGACAAUGGUGGCCGAUGGAAAGUUCAACUUAAUUCACUUCAACCACCAUUUACUGAGUUUAUGCUGUAUGCCAGGCACCGUGCUGGGUGUCAGGGGUGCCUACAAAGCCAUAACAGAGUCAGGGACUGCCAAAUCGGUACUAUAGGACCAAGAAUAUUAUUACUAUUUAUUAUUAUUAUUGUUAUUGUUAUUGUUAUUAUUUUGGUGCAUCUACUUCCACCUCCAUAGCCACUGCUUCCACAAGAGACUCAGAAGGGUGAGACUCUUGAAUCUGGGGUUUGGGAAAGUGAGGGUGCAAGGGGAGGGGGAAGGUACUGCUGGGAAGGGUGCAGGGGUCAGGUAGGUUGGGCAUGGAGUAAGGAAUGAUGGAUAGCCAGCCAGAGAACUCCUGGGUAAGGGGAAUCUAACCCUUCUGGAAGUUCUAAUCUCUUUGGCUCAGUACCUAACUGCCAAACAACACACUGCCAAUGGGAGUGGGUGAGACCACCGGGGUGCCUGGAGCAGGUGAAUACUGCCCAUCCUUCAAGCAAGCCAACCAGGAGUAGAGAGAUGAGUUGUGGGCUCCCCAAGCCGGCUGAAACCAAGGGUGGUGGUGUAUAUAUAGUUCUGCAGCUUUGAGUGGCCAGUUUUCAUCACCUGGCAUGUGUCCUCUUCUUUCACAGUGCACAGACAAGGGACUUGGCUUUUGCGGACGGUCUUCUAACAUCUUUUGGGUGGGUGGGUGGUUACUUGUGAAAUCCCCCUACAGGGUUGUACUAAUAAGCUGUCUCUUUUUUUGUUUGGUUGGGUUUCUUUCUUUCUUUCUUUCUUUCUUUCUUUCUUUCUUUCUUUUUUUUUUUUUUUUUUUUUUUUUGAGACAGGGUUUCUCUGUGUAGCCCUGGCUGUCCUGGCACUCACUUUGUAGACCAGGUUGGCCUCGAACUCAUACAUCCGCCUGCCUCUGCCUCCCAAGUGCUGGGAUUAAAGGCAUACACCACCACCGCCCAGCUAAGCUGUCCCUUAAAGAAGUAAAGUUUCUUGGGGUCUUUUUCUUUUCUGCCCUGACGGAAUGAGGCCCAGGGAAAGCAAUGCCUGCCUCUGGACCUCAUGGACUGGGUCAGGAGCCAUUUCUGCCCCAGGUAGUUGUCCUCAUGUGCACUUUCUUUUGGAGCCACUUGGACCCUCCUCCAGGGUCUCUGGGCUUGUGCUUGGGAACAAAACUAGGCUUCUGUGAGAUGGGGUGAGAAACUGUGAGAUGUUCCUACAGGAGCCAUUGCUCAAGCUUGCUUCUUAGCUUAUGCCAGCAAACUGCUCUCUUGCUGCAGUGUGGGCUCUGAGCGCUGCUCCUGGCUGAAUGCUUCCACUACAGUGCUCUCAGUCUCUCCUGCCUCUCCUGCUCUCCCAGAAGCCCCUCCUCACACCCCCUCUGCCUCUGCCUGCUAAUUAAGGGCCACUGCAAAGAAAGGCUGGCUGGCCAACCUGCGGGAUUCAGCUCAUGAGAACAAAGCACAAUAUUUCAGGACUGAAAGUGCCUUGCGGUGCCUUGGAACUGGCUUUGGAAAUAGCUGUUUGCCCCUCCAGCUGUGGGCAGACUCAUCACCUAGUCCCACUUUAUCAAAUGGGAGAAGCUGAUUGGGUCCACGUUUCCCUGUGAGUCUCCUUGGGAAAGUUGGAGUGCUACAUACCUACAAGAUCAGGCUAAGCAGGUAGAUAGGUGGAAAUACCAACCAGGUCCAAAGAAGUUAAUCCCAGGCCAUAGGAAUGGCUUGGUGCAGUUGGAACGGGUGACAAAUUAAGAGAACUUUUUUCCUACAUAUGUCUUAAGAAUAGACAGCCUUGCUGUGCCUCCUGCUGAUGUCUUCCUUUAUUGAAGCUUGCUGAUGCGAUUGUACAUAGCCUUUCUAUACAGGUAGAGAUAUAUUAUAUAUAUACAUAUAAAACAUCUCACUAUGCCCACCCCAAAAGUUACACUGUGGGGUGGAGGGUGAAAUCACCUCUCAGUGUUUCCAAGUACCAAAGGUUCAUUAUGGAAUGUUCUUUAUGCUUUUUAGGGGAGAACCCAGCUGCAUACAUAGCAAGUGCUUAUGCAGGUCUAGGUACUACUUCCUGUCUGUUGGUUGGGAGGGGAGAGAAGCUUAAAUGGUCUUCUGUGACCCAGCUGCGGGGGCAGGCUGGAUUUCUAUAGCAGUUUGUCAGAUUGCUUGGAUCUAUUGGCUGCAAUAAACACACUGUCUCCCCGGAA